UUCUCCUUCCUUCUCUCCACAAACCAAACAAACAUUCAAGCUACAACUUUAUCCUAUCCUACACUAACACAACAAUGGUUACUCCUCUGCAAACACUGAUUGCCAUAUCGGUUCUGGUAAGCCUGUUUAUUGGAUGUACAGAGAAGGUGAGCGGGAUGCGUUACAUUCCCAACACGUUAGAUACAACUGAGAUCAAACACUCAGAGUUUCUUGUGAACAUUGUUCCCCAACCAUCUGGUCUCAUUCCUGGUCUAGGAUGGUUCUUGCUGCCUCCUCAACCUAAGACGCCAAUCCAUACUUACAAAGAUCCACUUGCUGCUGCUCCAGUCACUUCUUGUGGAAUCUCUAAUCAGUUUGCACCAAACCCUGGAUAUGAAGCUCCCAAUCCAAGCUCCGGAGAGGAUAAAAUACCACCAGUGCCACAACCAUGACUCAACCUGUCAACAAAUAAAGCAUUUGCUAGAUGCAAAAGGGUCAUUUCAUCACAGUCACUCAUAUCUUUGCGAUCUCUCUCUGUUCAAGGAAGAAAGAUAUAAUGUAUUUGAAUAAAUACAGAGCUUUUGCUUACAUGUUAUGUCAAAAUUAAUAAUACAUAAUCUCUUGCAUUCCACAUUGCUGCAAAUUGUUUUCCACUGAGAAAUGAGGAGAUGCAGAAGAGGAAGACAAAAGAAAGUUUGACAUAGCAAUACUAAACCAUAUGAAAAAACGUAUAUACUUCCCCUAUACAUUUCUCUAUUUUCCCACGACUCUUGCGUGUUAUUAACGAAUCAAACUUGAAAACUCAUAAAACAAUGUCUUGGAUAAGCCUUCUAGAAUCGAAGUUUCCGUGUCCACAACGUCAAAUGAUAAGAUUGCGAUCCUCCCCACGAUUUGAUUGUCGAUGAUGCAUAUACAAUGUAAGACGAAAAUGAUCAGCAUGACGAAACAAAAUCGAUGUGGGUUUCAGGCACCCAAUACCUUGAAGAUGAUGAAACAAAGGAAGCAGAAAAAUAUAAAAAGGAAAAAAUAAUCAACGAGCACGAAGAGCUUCGUGGAUCCAUGGUUUCUGUUUUUCAUCUUCAUCUUCAUCUUCCUCUUCUCCUCUUCCACCUCCUCGUCGUCGAUGGGCUCAAUCUUCGCCAUUUUCGCCGACUCGAAUUUCGCCGAGAAAUAUCUAUGAAGCUUUUGCGAGUUUCCGAGAUUGCUCUUCAAU